AAGACGAGGCUGUGGUUGAAGGUAUAUAAGUAAUGUUGACAGCGGUUCGGCUCAGUCUGAGCGAGAACGGCAGUUUGUCGACAUCUUAACAUAGAACUAAGUUUGCAACGUGUCAACAACGACGAUGGCCGAGUCAGCGCUUUCAUUCGACAGCGAAGCGACGAAAAGGGAACUGGCAACCAAGGGCUACGCUGUCGUUCCUGACGUUUUAACUGGAAAGGAAUGCGAUGAGCUAAUUGGACGAUACAAAUUAUGGCUUGGGACAUUUCAAGAUGGAGACUUCCCAAACAGACGAAAAUCAAUUUUACACCAAUACCGGAUUGGACACUUUGGUGCCACGUGGUCUGCGAGGUUGAAGGUCAAGCCGGUGUUCGCCUCGAUCUGGGAUACGGAGAAGCUCCUAACAAGUUUUGAUGGGGUUGCCAUAUCAAAGCCCCCCGAGGAAACAAACGGAGAAUUUGAUACGGGGUCGUCUUGGCUUCAUUGCGACCAGAAGCCGUCUAGAAAAGGUCUCCAUUGCUACCAGGGGGCGCUGUAUCUGGAAGAAGUGACAGAUAUGGACCACUGCCUUAGAGUCCUGUCACACUCGCACCGACACCACGAGGAGUUUUUCAGCCAAUUUGCCAGCGCUCGGAAAAAGAGCUUGAAGUCCGAGUUUUACAAGCUCACGAAAGCUCAAUCUGAGUGGUAUCACAAACGGAAGUGCGAAGCUGUCAAAAUUUCAGUCCCAAAAGGCGGAAUUGUGCUUUGGGACUCAAGAACUAUCCACGAUAGUGUCCCACCAGUUCAUGGGCGUCCAAAUGACGACAGGUGGCGCUGGGUGGUGUUCGUGUGUAUGACGCCUGCUCAAUGGGCAACUGAUGAAGACAAACAAAAACGUGCAUGUGCCUAUAAUAACCUUCAGAUGACCAACCACUGGCCGUCUCAGGACACAAUGUUGUUUAAGAGCAGGCAGAAGAAGCACAAUGGAGACCCAAUGAAUUGUGUUGACGCCAUCCCACAAGAUGGCGCUACCUUCACUGCUCGCCGAUUGGCUGCUGUUGAGGAGUACGAUUUUGAAGAUGGCCAAUCAAAUGGCCCCGGCUGGGAGCCCGUAUGGGACCACCAGAUGACCUGAUGGGAUAUUUCACUGAUCGUGGACUUGUUGGAACAAGGAGCCUAUACUAUAUGCAGUGGACAUCGUCUUUAUUUGAUUGGACUAACCAUUUAUUGUUUGUUCAUAAAGUUUUGAGUCAGCAGUAACAGUGGUGUUGUAAAAGAUCCCAUAUCAAAACAGAUCAUUCACACAUAUCUGUAUUGAGACGAAAAGCUCGGUCGGCCAUGUUGUCUGACUUGUAUCAACUAUAGACAUAUAAAACGUUAUAUGACAUGUCAUGACAGAUUAACUAUAGACACAUGUUAUAUGACAGACCAUGAUAUGACAGAUUAAUUGUAGACAUAUGAAGUGUUAUAUGACAUAUGUCAAGAGAGAUUAACUGCAGACACAUGUUAUAUGACAUGACAUGACAUGACAGGUUAACGAUAGACUUAUGAAGUGUUAUAUGACAUAUGUCAAGACAGAUAAACUAUAGACAUAUGUUAUAUGACAUGACAUGACAGAUUAACUAUAGACACAUGUUAUAUGACAUGACAUGACAGAUUUACUGUAGACACAUGUUAUAUGACAGACCAUGACAGAUUAACUGUAGACACAUGUUAUAUGACAUGACAUGACAGAUUUACUGUAGACACAUGUUAUAUGACAUGACAUGACAUGACAGGUUAACGAUAGACAUAUGAAGUGUUAUAUGAUAUAUGUCAUGACAGAUUAACUAUAGACAUAUGUUACAUGACUUGUCAUGGCAUAUUAACUUUAGACACAUGUUAUAUGACAUGUCGUGACAGAUUAACUGUAGACACAUGUUAUAUGACAUGUCAUGAGAGAUUAACUGUAGACACAUGUUAUAUGCCAUGUCAUGAGAGAUGAACUGUAGACAUAUGUUAUAUAACUUUUCAUGGCAGAUUAACUGUAGACACAUGUUAUAUGACAUGUCAUGAGAGAUUAACUGUAGUCACAUGUUAUAUGACAUGUCAUGAGAGAUCAACUGUAGUCACAUGUUAUAUGACAUGUCAUGACAGAUUAACUAUAGACACAUGUUAUAUGACAUGUCAUGACAGAUUAACUGUAGACACAUGUUAUAUGUCGUGCCAUGAGAGAUUAACUAUAGAUACAUGUUAUAUGACAUGUCAUGACAUAUUAACUAUAGACAUAUGUUAUAUGACAUGUCAUGAGAGAUCAACUGUAGUCACAUGUAAUAUGACAUGUCAUGACAGAUUAACUAUAGACACAUGUUAUAUGACAUGUCAUGGCAGAUUAACUGUAGACAUAUGUUAUAUUACUUGUCAUGACAGAUUAACUGUAGACACAUGUUAUAUGAUAUGUCAUGAGAGAUUAACUGUAGACACAUGUUAUAUGACAUGUCAUGAGAGAUUAACUGUAGACAUAUGUUAUAUUACUUGUCAUGGCAGAUUAACUGUAGUCACAUGUUAUAUGACAUGUCAUGAGAGAUCAACUGUAGUCACAUGUUAUAUGACAUGUCAUGACAGAUUAACUAUAGACACAUGUCAUAUGACAUCUCAUGGCAGAUUAACUGUAGUCACAUGUUAUAUGACAUGUCAUGACAGAUUAACGACAGACACAUGUUAUAUGCCAUGUCAUGAGAGAUUAACGACAGACAUAUAAAAUGUUCUAUGACGUGUUCACCCAAUGUUUCGAGAGGCGUUACUCAUUUACCGGGCCUCGAAAUAUCGAGUGACACACUCGUUAUUCAACAAUCACGUGUUGUAUGUUCCCGUAUUUAAUGUCAACAGUAUAUAAUGGUUGUCUUUCUGUUAUUUUGUACACACAUCGCUUCACAUAUACAAACUGGUGUAUUUGGUUUAUUUGUUGUGCUCUUCCUAAAUAAAGAGUAUCCUAUGAA